AUGAACCUGACCUGGCUCUGGGCUGUGCGUGAUGCCCCUCAGGAGGGACCACUUCUCCCUGGCAUUGUACAAGGGUCCUGCAUGGUGCCAGUGAGCCCCAGUGUGGCUGCCACAGCCUCAGUGCAGUUCCCAUCUAUACCUACUGAUUAUGAGCGAGUCAGGGCCUGGCCACCAGCACAUGCUCAGGACACUGUCUCUUCAAGCUCCAUCGGGACUUGCAAUGCAGAGGGAUGGGGAGAGAUGUUCACUGUGGUCUUAGGAAGUAUUAGUUCAAGUUUCUGCAAAAUGGGAUCUGUUCUUCCCUCAGGUCAAGUCAUGCUAUGUGUCUGA